AUGGCAAAGAAGAAGAAAAGCAGCAAGAAACCGGUGGAGCCCGUUGCUCCACCUGACAACGUGCCAACAAAUGCUGCGGAACCAAUUCCUGAUGCGCCUGAGGCUCCAUUGACAGCAGAGGAAUCAGCCACAGAAGCAGAGUCCGGGGAGCAGUCCAUGCCAACCGCUUCCGAAGUGGAGCCCGACGAGGGUACGGUUCCCACGCUGGUGGAAGAGUCCACAUCUGCACCCUCACAACACCCUGAGACCAUAGAGACUAUACCAGACGAGGCUACAGAGGCACCGGCCACUGAGAUCAUACCUGCUGCAGAGCUAGAUCCACCUAUGGGGGAAGAGCAGGAAUCUGGGUCGCCAGCGGAUACUACCGAGGCCGUGGAGUCAGAGAUUGCCGGGCAAAGCGCUGAAGACAUGCAUCAUACUACAGCAGAAGAUGAAGAGUCAUCGGUUAUUUGGGUUGGAGACGCGCACGACCCAGAACCCGAUGCAGAGCAGCAAAAUACUCCGGAGGAACAGCAGCCCCUACAACUAGACGAAGAGUCCACACCCCAGCCAGACCCUGUUCCAACUCAAGAUUCUAUUGAACCAGCAGACACGCCGGUUGAAGACACACUCCCGCCACAAGAAUCUACAGCGGAGCUAGCGCCUGAAGCAGAACCUGAAGUAGUUACUACCACCGCGGAAGAAGCUAUCGAACCGAUAGACCAGAUGGAUGGCGGUCUUAAUGAGAACGGAGCUGAGCAAGAUCUGGCGGAGAUAGUCGAGGUACCAGAGGCACCAGGGGCACCAGAGAUAAUGGAAGCACCUGAAGUACCAGAGGCGCCGGAAGUGCCAGAAGCUCCAGAGGCUCCAGAGGCACCUAAAGUGCCAGAAUUACUAGAGGUACCUGAAGCUCCCGAAGCUACCGAAGCGCCGGAAGCACCAGAGGUAUCGCAACCGCCAGAAGCUGUCGAAGCGCCAGAAGUACCAGACGCACCCGAAGCACCCGAAGCACCCGAAGCACCCGAAGCACCCGGAGCACCCGAAGCACCAGGGGUACAAGAGGAACCAGAAGUCCUAGAAGCGCCAGAGGCUCCCGAAGUACCUGAGGUACCAGAAACGCCUGAAGUACCAGAAGCACCGGAAGUACCAGAAGCACCGGAAGUACCAGAAGCGCCAGAAGCGCCAGAGGCCCCCGCUGCACCUCUGGCUCCAUCAGUGGUGUCAGCUGGGAGUGAUGAGGACGACAUCAUCGAAGCUUUCACAGUCGAGGAUCUAUCAGCACCAGAACCAGAGCCUGAGGCUGUUCCAAUAGCAGUCGAACGGUCGGUGGACGUCGGGCUACCAGAUGCGCCUGUCGAAGGAAUAUCAGCAUCAGAAGCCCCUGAGACAAUCACACAGCCUGAGUCUAUUCCCGAGACUUCGUCUACAGAUGCCCACAUUGAGCCGAUAGAAGAGCUCGUCGUAGCUGCCCAAGACGAAGUACCAAGACAGCAUGCCGACCGAGAGCAAGAGCGGCUUGAGGCCGAAGCAGCGGCCGCGGCUGAGGCUCAAGAAUCUGCCUCGCUAGCGCAGGCCGCCCAAUCCCAGGAAGACGCACAGCGAGAAGAACUGAAGAGAUUGGAGCAAGAAGCAAUCGAGCACGAGAGGUUAGCGAAGGAGGCCGAGGCCAACAGACUACUGGAGGAGCGACGCGCAAGAGAGGCCCAAGAAGAGCUGGAAGCUGCCGAAGCCGUGAAACGGGCUCUGGAAACCAUGAGAGCCAAGAAGGAAGAGCAGCAUAAGGAGACCGAGAGGCUCGAACAAGAGCGACUGGCCCGUGAAAGGCUCGAGCAAGAGAAGUUAGAGCAGAUUGUCGAAGCGAGGAAGCUUCUGGCAUUAAUGGAAGAAGAACGGAAGGCCGCAGAGAUCCAAGAAGAGGCCGAAGCCGCUGCAGUCGCCGAAAAGGCUCGGAAAGAGAAGGAAGAGGUCGAAGCUGCAGCUGCUGCCGAACGUGCUCGACAAGAGAAGGAAGAACUCCGGCAGGAACAAUUACGACGUGAGAGAGCCGAAGAGGCUCGAAUUGCUAGGAAAGCCCGAGCAGCUGCGGAUGUCCUUGCGGAAGAGCAGAGAGAGGAAGCAGAACGGUUGGAACGGCUGGCCCAGGACGAGUCACGUGAGCAAGCCGAGAUACCCUUCAUCGCACGUCGAUCCAUGAUCGAAUCAGCACGUGCUCCGUCACCUCCUUCGGGAGUACCUGACAUGCACGAUCGUUCUCCAGUCUCUGAUCGACCAUUUCGAUCGUAUCGAUCUUUCGCGCCACAUGCACCGAAGCUUAGAACACACGAAGCGGGUCCAAACCAUGCACCGAAGCCUUAUGCUGUGGCACAGCUCAUUGAGGAUAACAGACCUGCGGCCCCAAGCCCGCCAAUGAGUAAAGCUCGACCAAGUCCGGUGAGGUAG